UGAGAGUGAAUGUAGCAAUCACAGAGUCAAUGGAGGGAGAUGAAGGAGGCAGCGAUAAGGACCGAUACGUUCAGACCUGCGGACGAGGUCACAUCAAGGUCGUGAACACGUUUCAGUUCGGAAGAUGUAAUUAGCAGAGUAUUCCCAGCAUCGCCGGUCAGCCCACAGGAAAAUCCAGGCAACCUAACGGGCGUGGUAGUAGUAUUUAAAGCGCAUACUUGAUUGACAUCUCCGUCCGUCCCCCCCGAAUCAGCGUCAGGAAUCUGUGUCGUUAAACUCGACGUGUACCGACUCGACCGACCGGCUGUGUUUUGCGACGGGAAACGGAAAACGGAGUGUACGUUUGAAUUCUGCUUUAAGACUCUGUUAUCCACCCUGACCUGACCAGGAAAAUUCCAUCUCCAUCUCAAAGUGAUCACAAAAGCUGCAGCACAAGUAUGCAAGAAAAAGAGUCGAGGCGUAGUGCCCGGUUGGUGUCCAGCAGACUCUACCCUCAUGACGACGACACGGCGAGCACAAGCUCUACCGGGUCUGUGGGACAAAUCUCUUACAGAGAGAGUCCCGUGAGGGUCUUCAAGAGGAAAACUGGACCACGCAAAGGGGGCAGGGUUUCUCCUAACGCCGGCAGCAUCAGCGGCGAUGUGAGCAAAUCCCAGAACCCAAGCCUGAGCAAGUUCCUCACAGCGAGGAAGAUUUCUCCUUUCCGAGCUCCUAGCAGCACCAUCACCCCUUUGAGCGCUUCAGCCCCGAGCACCUCGACUCACAUGGAUCCAUCGGGAUUCUCUUCGGGGUAUUCUUCAUCAGAGGAAGGAUACAACCGGAGUAGCACCCCGCACAGCACCACCACCUGCCCUGUUCACACGCCCGCAGAUGAAAAGAUGCCCGGCCGAAGCGCACUGACCGCCCUAGCUCGGGCCUUUGCAGUGGUGUAUUUCUGGCUAGGGGUGGCGUGGUACAGUAUAACAUCUGGAAUGUCUCUGCUUGAUGUUUCUCUGCUCAGCAGGUGCACUGCAGGUAUGAGGAAGGCUCUUCUCCUCCUCCUCCUUCUGGUCCUGCUGCUUUUCGGUGUGUGGUACUGGUACCCGUAUCUUACUGCCCUGUUUCCUCGUCCAGCUCGAGCUCCUCCAGUUCAGCCCCGCCCCACAACACACACUCACACACACACUCAGCCUCGUGAGAGCGAUGCCCUGGUGUCUUUAGCGGCUCUGAAAGACGAGCUCUACGCUGACCUGCAGGAGCGAGAGGUCAGGUGGUUGGAGAACAGAGGCAGGGAUUUGGAGGAUGUGAUGAAAGAGAUCAAGUUACUAAAACAAGAGGGAGAAAAGCAGAAGCGCACAUAUGAGAUGUUGCAAAUGGAUGUGCAAGACUUGAGAAUUCAAGCGAGGAAUGUCGACUCGGAGCAUCGCAGCCUGAUUAAAGAGGAGACCAGGGGCAUGCAGAAUCAGCUUUCUGAUCUGAAACUGGACAUGUCCAAACUUCAGUCAGCGUCUGAACACCUGAGUCGCAGAAUGGACACUCAGGAAUCUGAGAACAGAAAGUCAAAGGCCGAGCUCUCUGAUUGGCUGCUCCAGCAGAUGUCCCUUUCUGGUCAGUCCCAGCCUGAUGCAGUGAUGCAUCCUGAGCUGCAGAGGGCGCUGGAGGACUUGGAAAAGAAAAUCCUGGACCGACUGGGAAAGGAGCGGGAGGACAAGGAGAGAAGAGAUGUGUGGAGGACGGUGGGAACGACGCUGCAGGAGGAAGGAGUGGGAGCAGUCACCGUAACGGAUGUCGAAGGCAUCGUGCGCAGGGCGCUGAGCCUCCACAGGGCCGACGGGAUCGGGAUGGCCGACUACGCGCUGGAGUCUUCAGGUGCCAGUGUGAUAAACACUCGCUGCUCAGAGACCUUUCACACCAGAUCAGCGUGUAUCAGCCUGUUUGGAUUUCCUCUGUGGUAUCCUUCAGAAAGCCCUCGCACUGUUAUACAGCCCGAGCUCUACCCCGGUAAGUGCUGGCCGUUUAGUGGUUCUGAAGGUUUCCUGGUCAUCGCUCUGUCUCACGCUGUACACAUCACCCACGUCACCCUGGAGCACCUGCCCCGUGUUCUCUCCCCGACCGGACACAUAGACAGCGCUCCCAAAGACUUCGCCGUUUACGGAAUGGUCAACAACGAGAAUGAGGAAGGGAAACUUCUCGGAACGUUCGUCUAUGAUCAGGACGGAGAAUCCAUCCAGACCUACCAAGUGCAGCACUCUCUCUCUGACAUGUUCAGACUGGUGGAGUUGAGGAUCCUCAGUAACUGGGGUCACCCUGAGUACACCUGCGUGUAUCGCUUCAGGGUCCAUGGCCAGCCUGCGUCCACCUGAAGAGACAGAAGGAAAGGAAAGACGGAGGUGUACCUAUAAAAAAUCUUUUGAAUGUUUAGCCUCAAUGUCAGGAACGCUAAACCAUCGAGAUGAAAUAUCGAGAUAUCCAA